GCUCGUCGCGUCGACAAAACCACCAAAUUAUCCAAGUCGAACAAACGAUUGACCUGCCCAACUGUCUGUAUUUCCUCUUCCCUACAGGCCGACGACUGCCAACGACUGCCACGGCCCCAGACGAUGCCUGGCAGAGGUGACCGUUACAAUUGUCGCCUGCUGAAUCGUCCAAGAUGCAGUGCUACACGGAGCUCGUGCCUCCCACGGUCGUGAGCUGCGCCGUGUCGCUGCCCUUCACGUCCGCUCACAGCGAGAACCUCGUUGUUGCAAAGGGCUCACUGCUACAGGUGUUUGCUACCAAGACCGUUUCUACCGAGAUAGACAACUCCCAAGCCUCCGCGACGCCGUCGGUCAAGCCAGUCGAGACGUACGAUCGCCGGCUCAACGAUGGGGAUGGCCUCGACUCUUCUUUUCUCGGCGGCGACGCCAUGCUGCUGCGAGCCGAUCGGACGACAAGCACCAAACUCGUUCUCAUUGCCGAAUACCCACUUCACGGGAUUAUCCGGGGCCUGGCCAGAAUCAAGAUCCAACACUCUAGGUCCGGAGGAGAAGCGCUCCUCGUCCACACCCGAGUCGCACGCCUCAGCUUGGUUCAAUGGGAUCCCGAGAGGAAUGGGAUCGAAGAUAUAUCGAUUCACUACUACGAGAAGGACGAAUGGCAGGGAGCUCCCACCGACGGGCCGUUGCGGUUCCACGGCAGCCAGCUCCAGACCGACCCGCAGUCUCGAUGCGCCGCCCUCAAAUUCGGCUUGAGGAAGAUCGCCUUUCUCCCCUUCCGACAGACCGAUGAGGACAUAGAUAUGGGUGACUGGGAUGAAGACGUGGAUGGCCCGCGGCCGGAGAAAGAGUCGUCCGCGUCGGUUGGCGCGAAUGGAUCUGGCAACAACGCCAACAACAGCAACAACAACAACAACAACAACAGCAGCAGCAGCAGCAGCAGCAACGCCGUCCCUCCAGUACCAUACACAUCCUCCUUCGUCCUAUCGCUGCCCCGGCUGGAUCCCGAUCUUCUUCAUCCCGUGCAUUUUUCCUUUUUGCAUGAGUAUAGAGAGCCCACAUUUGGCAUCAUCUCCUCUACCAGCCGCCGGUCCAACGUUCGGCGCCUCGGCGACCACUUCUCCUACAAGGUCUUCACCAUUGACCUGCAUCAAAAGGCCUCCACCGCCAUCCUCUCCGUCAACAACCUGCCCCAAACCCUUUUCCAAAUCAUCCCGUUGCCUCAUCCCAUCGGCGGCGCCCUCCUCGUGGGCUCGAACGAGCUGAUUCACAUUGACCAGUCUGGUAAGGCCAAUGGCGUGGCCGUCAACCCGUUCGCCAAGGAGAUGACCCAGUUCCCGCUCGCCGACCAGGCUGACCUCCAACUGCGCCUGGAACACUGCAGCGUCGAGCUCAUGUCUGCCGAGACGGGGGAGAUGCUCAUGGUGCUGUCGGACGGGCGGAUGGCCAUCGUGUCGUUCAAGAUGGACGGAAGGACGGUGGCCGGGGUCGCCGUCAAACUAGUCCCCGCCGAAAACGGCGGCAACCUUCUGCCCUACCAGGCGGCCUGCAUGGCCAGACUCGGCAAGAACAGCUUGUUCGUGGGGAGCAUUGGGUCCGAUUCCGUCGUCCUCGGCUGGACUAGGAGACAGCUCCAAGCUGCCCGGAAGAAAGCGCGGUUGCUAGACGACGCGCUCGACUAUGACCUCGCCGACGGAGACCUGGACGAUGAGGACGAGGACGACCUCUACGGCGAGGGGCCGACAAUAACCCAGUCCGCGGCCGCCGGUAUUGAUGCUUCGAGGGGAGGGGACCUCGACUUCCGCAUCCACGACUCCUUGGUGAGCAUGUGUCCUCUCAUGGACCUGACGCCGGGGAAGCCGAGUUACCUCCCGGGCAGUGAAGAGGCCAAGAACUCGGGGGGGGUCAGGGCGGAUCUUCAGCUCGCCUGCGCCGUGGGGAGGCACAAGGCCGGCUCGCUUGCCCUACUGAAUCGGAACAUCCAACCCAAGGUCAUCGGCCGCUUCGACUUUCCCGAGGCGCGUGGGUUCUGGACCAUGCGUGUUCAGAAGCCGAUUCCCAAGUCUCUUCAGGGCGAUAAGGGUGCCAAUCUGGCUGUCGGGGACAACUAUGAUUCUGGUACGCAAUACGACAAGUUCAUGAUCGUAUCCAAAGUCGACCUGGAUGGGUACGAGACUUCCGACGUCUAUGCCCUCACCGGCGCCGGCUUUGAAGCCUUAUCUGGUACCGAGUUUGAUCCGGCGGCUGGCUUCACUGUUGAGGCCGGUACGAUGGGCAACGAUAUGAGGAUCAUCCAGGUCCUGCGCUCCGAAGUCCGCUCAUACGAUGGAGAUCUUGGCCUCAGUCAGAUUCUACCCAUGUUAGACGAGGAGACCGGAGCAGAGCCCCGGGUCGUCAAAGCCAGCAUUCUAGACCCCUAUCUCUUGCUGGUCCGAGAGGAUUCGAGCGUCCUUAUCGCCCAGAUCAACACGCACAGCGAGUUGGAGGAGAUCGACAAGGGAGACAGCACAUUCACCUCAACCAAGUGGCUGACUGGCUGUCUCUAUAAGGACAACCGAGGACUUUUCGCUCCUCUUCGGACAGACAAGGGUAGCUCGGACGGCGAGAGCCCCUUCAUGUUCCUUCUGAGCACCACAGGAGCCCUUUAUAUCUACGGGCUCCCCGAUCUCACCAAUCCUGUCUACGUCGCUUCAGGUCUAUCCUACAUUCCGCCCAUGCUGUCUGCCGAGUACUCUGUCAGACGAGGCACUAGCCAGGAGGCCAUCUCCGAACUUCUCGUGGCUGACCUCGGAGAUCAAAUUGCUUCGUCCCCCUAUCUUAUUCUGCGUCAUCCAAACGACGAUAUCACAAUCUAUGAACCUUUCCGUCUCCCGUCGACAGAGUCGUCUUCAGACCUAGCCAGAACCCUCUACUUCCACAAGGUCUCAAACCCGCACAUAGCAAAAGGCCCUGAAACCCCUGAGGAGACGACAGACGAUGAAUCCGUUGAGCCGGCCCGGCCCGUUCCCCUCCGAUCCUGUGCCAACAUCGGCGGCUACAGCGCCGUCUUCCUAUCGGGACCGUCUCCGUCGUUCAUCAUCAAGUCCAGCAAGAGCGUGCCAAGGGUCAUGGGCCUGCAGGGCCUCGGCGUCCGCGGCAUGAGCCCUUUCCAUACCGAAGGCUGCGAACGCGGCUUCAUCUAUGCCGACUCGAAGGGAUGCGCACGCGUCACUCAGCUCCCGACAGACACCAGCUUGGCCGAACUGGGCGUCUCGGUGCGGAAGAUUCCCCUCGGCGAUGCGGUCAGCCACGUCGCCUACCAUCCGACCAUGGAGUGCUACGCCGCCGCAUGCAGCGUCACGGAGCCGUUCGAGCUCCCCAAGGACGACGAUUACCACAAGGAAUGGGCCAAGGAGAACUGCCCCAUGCUGCCCACCAUGGAGCGCGGCCUCGUCAAGCUCAUUUCCCCGGCGACGUGGACCGUGAUUGACACGUUCGAGCUCGACCAACACGAGGUAGCCAUGUGUAUGGAGACGCUGCACCUCGAAAUCUCCGAGGAAACCAAGGAGCGGCGGAUGCUGAUCACCGUCGGUACGGCCGUCAAUAAGGGAGAGGACCUACCGAUACGGGGCCGGAUUCUCGUCCUGGACGUGGUCUCCGUCAUCCCGGAGCCCGACCGGCCGGAGACGGAUCGCAAGCUGAAGCUCAUCGCCAAGGAGGAGAUACCACGGGGCGCCGUCACCGCGCUCAGCGAGGUCGGCUCGCAGGGCCUCAUGCUCGUGGCGCAGGGCCAGAAAUGCAUGGUCCGCGGUCUCAAGGAAGACGGCAGCCUCCUCCCGGUCGCAUUUUUGGAUAUGAACUGCUACGUCACGGCCGUGCGCGAGCUCCGUGGCACCGGGUACUGUCUCAUGGCUGACGCUUUCAAGGGCGUCUGGUUUGUCGGGUACUCGGAGGAGCCGUACCGUAUGACGCUCUUCGGGAAGAGCAGCACCACGCUACGGUGCUUGACCGCCGACUUUUUGGCUAGCGGGAACGAGCUCAGCAUCGUCGUUUGCGAUGAGGACGGUGUUCUACACAUCCUGCAGUUUGACCCUGAGCAUCCCCGCUCCCUCCAAGGCCACCUCCUCCUCAACCGCGCAUCCUUCUCCGCAGACCCCAACCACGUCUGGGCAACCCUCAACCUACCACGAGCCAACUCUCCCUCGUCUCCGACGACACCAUCAGCCUCCGACCCCGCCACGUCCUCCCAGGUCCUCCUCCUCGCAUCCCCCUCCGGCGCGCUCCACGCGCUCCACCCCAUCUCCGAGCCCGCGUACCGCCGCCUCACCUCGCUCGCCUCCUCGCUCACCAACGCCCUCCCGCACGCCGCCGGCAUGAACCCCAAGGGCCACCGGCUCCCGCCGCAGGACAACGCCGCCCGCCUCCCGGGGGUCGACAUCUCGGCAGGCCGGUCGGUGGUCGACGGCACCCUUCUUGCCCGCUGGACCGAGCUCGGCGCCCGCCAGCGGGCCGAGGCCGCCGGCAAGGGCGGCUACGCCGAUCCCGCGGAUGUUCGCGCCGAGCUCGAAGGGCUGCUUGGUUGGGCGGGUUUCGCGUACUUCUGAGCCAGCGGCUUCUGGCGUCUCGGGGUGUCUCGUCUCUCUUGGCUUGGCCUGCGGUCGAUUCGCUUGUUUGGCCGAUGAGGGACGAGUAACCUUGUCCAUCGGAUUUUAUCCAUGUCGUGGUAGCAAAUUACAAGGCCUUGGAAAUUAUGGAGCAUGGAUAACAUGUUUCUACGUAGUAAAAAAAAGCUCUGUCACAAGUUUUGAAAAGGAACUCUUUGCACCCAACCCU